UUUAUUCACAAUUGCCUGAAUCCACGGUCACAUCUGGACGCAGCUUCCUCCUCCUGACUCCGUUCAUGCUCGAGACCUCAGUUCACCCCUGACUGUCGCACUACCUGCGUAAACACACAGAGGUCACACACACAACUGACGCAGCCAGACGUUUAACUGGCCUGACCAACGGGCAGGAAGCAGCAGCAGACAAGUUCGCAGAAGGAGCCGCCAUGUUGAUCAUCUUAGCCUUCAUUAUCCUCUUCCACCUAGCGGCAGCCGUCCUGGUCUUUGUCGCAACCAUUCACAAUGCGUGGUGGGUGGUGUCGCCAGCUGGACGAGAAGCCAUCUACACUGACCUGUGGUACUCCUGCAACUCCACCUGCUUCCCCGUGGAGAACAGCCACACGACUGAUGCAGCCUACCUGCAGGCCGUCCAGGCCACCAUGAUCCUGGCCACCAUUUUAUGUUGCGUCAGCUUCUUCGUCUUCAUCCUUCAGCUCUUCAGGAUCCAACAGGGCGAGAGAUUCAUCUUCACAGCUGUUAUCCAACUCCUGGCCUCUCUAUGUGUGAUGAUCGCCGCGUCCAUCUACACGGCUCAGAAAAAGAGCUUCCACGUGCCAAGUCUUCAGAACGGCUCCUACGGCUCCUCUUACAUCCUGGCCUGGGUCAGCUUCCCCAUGACCUUCAUGAGCGGCCUCAUGUACCUGGUGCUAAGGAAGCGCAAAUAAGACGGGCCUGCAAGCAGCGUCUCGACAAUAUUCAAACGUAGAAAUAUGAACACUUGGACACAAAUACUUAAAAGACAAAUACAUCUCCUCAACAAACGUACCUUCACACGCUCUCUGUCUAACCUGUAGAUUUUCUUAUAGCAUUGGAGAUAAGGAAGUGUGCCAGAAAUGUCAGAUCCAUUUGAAUUUACUGUAAAGUCUCAGGUUCAGAGCCAGAUGUACUUCUGUCCACUUCACCCACUCAAAUCCCCGAAUAGUCACACACCCUCCUCCUCUCUGAUGCACUAUAUCUCCAAACAAGUGCCUCAGAAGUUUGUCCAACAGUCGACAAACCUUCUGUCUUUGUUCGUGUGUCUUCAUGCACGACAGCCCCCACAACAUGUGCCUCUAAAACGUUGAAAUCAAGACAUAUUCACAUUGAUUUUUAAUGUCUGGUCUGAAAGAGUUAACUGACUUGUUCAUGCCGGGUUCACAAGACUUGAUACGUUAAUUUGCAUUAAGCCAAGGUCAAAUCUGCUGCAUGCAAAUGCAGUCACUCACUUACAUGUCAACACACAAGGUAAAUAUACCCCCGCUGAGAUUUGGAUCAGAAUUAGACCUGUUUCUAGAUUUCUAGUUAAUUCUUUACACUCCACGUACCUGUAAUCGGGGAAAACAUCGUGCUUUGGUCGGGUUCGGUCAUAAAAACCGAAAGACUGUCAGUUAGUCUUCUCUCGGGCUCAGUCGGGUUCGGGCAGGAAAUUGCGGCCCCAGUCCCACUCCAGUGAGAACAUACCUUGACUUCCCUCUUUCCCCUUCAGCCAUUACACACGAGAUGAGCUCUGUUCCAUCACCGUGAUUUGUCUCCCCUGUUGUCCCCUGGUUCCCUCUCACAUCAUUCUAUGUUUGAAAUGUCUGAUAAUGACCAUAUAGAUUGAAGAAGAAGGAAAAUGGGGAUGUUUCCUCACAGGGACACAACCCCUGGACUUUCCAAAGGGUCCAUGCUUUGUUUCUCUAUGUGAAGCUAUAUAUAAGCUUUAUUUUGUACAUAAUAUGUUUUUGCUGUGUAUGUUUAGUUCAGGCAAUUGCCAAAAACCUAUUUCUGAGACUGAACUGUAGUCUGCGUAUGUGUGUAUUCUCGAGUGUAGUGACGCAGUAGUGGAGGUAGGAUUUUAACCCUUUGUUUGUAAUCUCAUGUUACUGACUUGUAUUUUAUUGGUGACAGAGGAGCCGAUGAUGUUGCUGUGAUAUUUGGGAUUUAAAAAUGACAAAAUAGAAAACGUGCAAACUUGAACGUCUAUUUGUUAUUAUCGUGCCUUUUGUUUCACAGCUCCACUUGAAAAGAGACAAACACUAUUUAUUGUUUAAAACCACUGUUUGAUUUUUAGCAUGUGACAGAGGACGUAUGAAGUAACAACGCUUUCCCUCUCUGACCAAUCUACUGUUUGUUUUCGGUCCAUUGCUUAAAACAUCUCCAGCAUCAAUAUGGACGCUGUUCUCAUUAUUAUUUCUUGCUUCGGUAUUUUUGCAGUUCAGAGAUAACGUUGGAUCCCACGGCAAUAACCGUGUAGCUGCUAUAGGACCAGAAUGAUAUCUAGGAAACAGACAAACAAACACAAAGGGUCAGUAGUGCACCGGGUUGUUGAAAGUUCCUGUUGGACGAACUCUGGACCACGGAGCCUGGCAACAUACCAGCUCACCAAAAAAAAACAAAAAUUCAGGGAAGGGACACGGAAGUGAAGGAUUUACUCUGCCAUCUCAAGAUGAUACUUGAAAUCGAUCCAAACAACAUCUUGGAGGCCGAGAUCAUGAUUUUCAUUGUUGUUCAUGGCUUUUCUCGUGACAUCUUAAAAGUGUUAAACUAAAUCGUCAGCUUCCUGUUUGCAUGCAAAUCCCCUCUUUAACUUAUACUGAGAAGUAAGUUGCUGUUGUUCCAUAGGCUGAACAUUUUUUUUGUGAAAAACAGUUUAUCGUAGAUUUUGUAAAGUUUGCAUCUAGUUAGCUUUGAUUUGAUUUCAUAACCGAUCUAAAUUAUGAAUAAACCCACAACUUGAACCUGAAUUCUGUGCGUUCGCUGUUGCUGAUAAUUCAACAGAUACAACAGCAAUCUGUCUUAAGACGUUGAUUUGUUAGAGCUACUAUAACGAUUUAGAAUUGGAAAUGUUGUGUGUUAUGGUUGUGAUAUUUUUACUGUGGUGUGUUGAGUGUGUCAAUGUAGAUAAAUGAAGAUCUAUAACAAUCACUACAAGGCCAUACUGACACAUAAUCACACAACUUGUGGAAGUCAAAAUGACAUUCAAGGGGAUUCUUUUUUUUUAAACUUAUGUUGCAGUUGAAUUAUUUCUAUUGCUGAAUGAAGUAUUGAUUAUCUAUUGAUCGAGUCUCGUGUUGUUUUAUGAUGGAGACGUGUUGGUCGACAGUUUUCCUCUUGGCAACGGAUUAUUUUUGUCAGAUGGGACACAGGUUUAUUAAAGAAUGUCAAAUGUGAGGGAAUCUGCUUGUGACUGUCGCUCUCCCGCUUUUUCAUUCUAAUUCAGUCACUAUUUAUUGUGGACUCUAUGCCAAGAUCAGUGCUUAGAUGCUAUUGACACCCAGUGGACCGACAGAAAACUACACCACAUGUGUCGCUGCAGGCCACAGAAUAGACAGAAAAGAACAAACUUGUCUCUGCUCGGUGAAUAAACUGUCAACAGGUUCAGGGACAAAGAUUUAACUCCUCUGUAAGAAUCACCAGGUGCUUUUAUUUCCCCUCCUGUGUUUCCCCAUCCAGCAGAUGUAGAUCUCAA